AUGAAAGUACUUCGCAAAAAUCUUGUAUUAGAAGGACAUGAUUUAGCUUAUGUUAUGUUAGAAAGACAAAUAAUGGUUGAAAGUCGAUCAAAUCCAUUUAUAACUCAAUUAAUUUAUACAUUUCAAAAUGCUGAAAGAUUAUUUUUCUUAAUGGAAGCAGCUAGAGGUGGUAAUCUUUAUCGUAUUCUUUUACGACAAACACCUCGACCAUUUCCAUAUGAACGUAUUAUUUUUCAUUCUGGAGAGAUAGCCUGUGCACUUUCAUUUCUUCAUGUAAAAUUUAUUGCGUAUCGUGAUUUAAAACCUGAAAAUGUUUUUAUUUUUGAAGAUGGUCAUAUUAAAUUAGGUGAUUUUGGUUUAUGUAAACAAAAUAUUAAUCAAUAUCCAAAAGCAACGACAUUUUGUGGUACACAAGAAUAUAUAGCUUAUGAAAUCUAUAAACAUUAUGAAUAUGAUGAAAAUGUUGAUUGGUGGUCAUUGGGUAUAAUGAUUUAUGAAUUAUUUACAUUUAUAACACCAUUUUAUGAUGAAGAUGAAUCACAAAUUGAAGAAAAUGUUCUUUUUAAAGAUGUUUGUUAUCCUGAAACAUUACCAAAAGACGCUAAAACACUUAUUUCAGGUUUACUUGAACGUGAUCCAAAACGACGAUUAGGAAAUAAAAAUUCACCAUUAGGAUUAUUAAAAGACCAACCAUUUUUUAGAGAGCCAUUUACAUUGAAUAAUAUUGAAAAUCGUCGAGUACCUCCACCAUGGGUUCCUAAUGUAUGUAUUUUAAAUAACAAUAAAUUUAUUUAA